AUCAUACCUUACCUACCCAACAAUAUAAAAUUUCUCCUUUCUGCUGGGUUCUUGUUAAUGGGAAACGUCCUGUUAGAAACUCUCAACGUCCGGGUAGUCGGUUCCGGCGAGAAAUUCUUGGUAUUGGGUCACGGCGUCGGCACCGACCAGUCAGCCUGGCAGCGCAUUGUCCCGUAUUUCGCCCCGUAUUAUCGCAUAAUUCUCUUCGACCUCGUUUGUGCCGGAAGUGUCAAUCCCGAUUACUUCGAUUUCAGAAAGUAUUCCACUCUCGAUGCUUUCGUCGAUGACUUGCUCAACAUCCUUGACGCCCUCGGUGUUGACCGCUGCGCCUUUGUGGGUCACUCCUUCUCUGCUAUGGUCGGAAUCCUCGCUUCCAUCCGCCGCCCUGAACUCUUUACCAAACUCAUCCUCAUCGGCGCUUCCCCGAGGUUUCUAAACGACGGUGAUUAUCAUGGAGGAUUCGAGGAAGGGGAAAUCGAUAAAGUUUUCAGCGCAAUGGAAACGAAUUACGAGGCGUGGGUGAACGGGUUCGCACCAUUGGCGGUGGGGGCGGAUGUGCCGACGGCGGUCCGGGAAUUCAGCCGGACCCUAUUCAACAUGAGGCCGGACAUAACGCUUUUCAUUUCCAGGACAGUAUUUAACAGCGAUCUGAGAGGGGUACUGGGAUUAGUGAAGGUACCCUGUUGCAUAAUUCAGACGUCGAAGGACGUCUCAGUCCCAACGUCGGUGGCCGAGUACUUACGGACCCAUUUAGGAGGGCGGACGACGGUGGAGAUUCUGAAGACGGAAGGCCACUUGCCGCAUUUGAGUGCACCGGCGCUGCUGGGCCAGGUACUCCGGCGAGCUCUGUCCCGUUGAUUUUAAGUGGGGCCCGCGGAAAAUAAUAAAGCUAGGAAAGGGGACACGUGGCGAUUAAUCUACGGAGAGUACGCUUGCGGACUUCGUUAGGAAUUUAGGAUUGCAUGAUAUUUUCAACAAUGUCCACGUGAUGCUCACGUGAUCUUUUUGUCCUCUUUUUCCCCUUAAUUUUAGGUUGAUUUUGCUUUAAGAAAAGUAAAAAUUAGUACAGUGUUAAUAUUUUUAAAUAUUAUGAUAUAAUUUAAUAAAAAGUUAUGAUAUUU